GGUGUCUAUCCCCUUCCUGAAGAUGCUGGACCAGAUGCUGGCUAGAGCCUGUGGUAAUGUGUGUGUGUCUCUGUGUAGGGUGUCUAUCCCCUUCCUGAAGAUGCUGGAACAGAUGCUGGCUAGAGCCUGUGUGGUGUCUAUCCCCUUCCUGAAGAUGCUGGACCAGAUGCUGGCUAGAGCCUGUUUUGACACCUUCACUACAGACCAGGAUCAUCAGUUCUGUGUGGACUUGUUGUCUCUCUGUAAGGAAGAGAUUAAGAAGUCCAAGGACACUCAGAAGCUCCGCUCCGCCAUCGCUGUGUUCUGUGGUCUGAUCCAGUUCCAGGGAGAGGUCCGUAAGAAGGUUCUGUUCCAGCUGCUGCUGCUCCUCUGUCACCCCUUCCCUGUGAUCAGGAAGACCACAGCCAGCCAGGUGUACGAGAUGCUGCUGACCUACGACGACGUCAUCGACCCUGACGUGAUGGACGAUGUCAUGACGUCGCUGGAGUGA